AAUGGUGUCAAAUAAUUUUAGGAAUUGUCCAAAACUAUAAAACUCAACUUCUGACAAAAGUAUAGCUUUUAAUAUUUGACGAUUUGUGUUAAAACAAAAAUUGACCUUCUUGGUUAGUAGCGAAGGGGAAAAAUCAAUAGUAUAAUUUUCAAUAAUUCAUAAAGCGAACGCCAUUAUGCUAAAUCUUAACUAUUAAUCUUAUCCUUUACAAAGUCUCGAUUGAUUUGUUAAUAAAAUAUCUUCCCGUGUGUGGCAACAGCGGGUAUAACUCUUUAAAAACCUUCAGAAGCAAGAAAAUUACCAAGUAGCCCAAGAAUGUAGAUGAGAAUUUUAUUGAUCGCCCUGAUUCUUCUUAAUAUGUAUUAAUAAAUUCCACAACCUUUUGUACCUUGCACUUGUCAGAAACCAAUGCUUUUACAAAAUCCAUAAAAGGAAAACAUAUUUUUCUUUGCAGAAGAACCAAAUGACACCUUUGCAUCUCCCUCUCUCUUUGCUAUUCGGCCCAGCCAGUUUUCUCAAACUUCUGGAGUCUGAGGGCAAGAGUUUUCCCCUUUCCUUGAAAAAAUUCUUUUCUUUCUCUCUUCCUUCCUUCCUUCCUUCCUCUUUGCUCAUUAUUAUCAGGGUGUGUAGGGAAGGAAACCUCGGUUUAGUUCUCCCGCUGGGAACCGGAGGGACGCUUUCGAGGAUAGCCAACUGCUGGCGAGGGAUUGUCUCCGGGCUGAAUGCUCCCAGCGGCCCGGCCGCAGAGGUCGGGGUGUGGUUCCUUCGAGAGAGCCGAAGGCUUGGGCAGCCCGCCCGGGCGCGGAGGGGCCUGGAUCCCGCAUCUCCCUCGGGCUGGAGGAGGGAAUGGACAGCGCCAGGGCCGGCCAGUCCUCGGGGCUCCGGGCCGGCCAGCUUGGCCUCUUAGCCCUCGCCGCCCUUCUUGCCUCCGCUCCCCACGAUAACCUGAUCGCGUCUUUGCGUGAGACACCCUUCCUGUGGCUCCCUGGGGUGGGAUGUCUCUGAGCCCGGGGAAUCCGACUCACCUUCCCACGCUGCCCGGGAGAAAAUUAAGCAGCCGGGCCCCCACCCCCCGCCCGUGCCCCGGCUUUCGGGCGCGUUCUGCCUGGGUGUGUGCGGGGGCAUGCUUCUGUGUGCAGGCGCACCGGCACUCUGGCUUCCCUCCCCGCCCGUUCUCUCGGACGCCCCUCCGGCUGAGGCUUUCCUUCCGCUAGCGGGGCCCAGAGGCCUGAGCGGGGGACGCGAGUGGGGCUGGCCGGCUGAGCGAGCCCCGGGGAGGCUGGCGGGCGACGGAGAGCGCUGGACCGGUUGUCUCCAGCGCGCACUAUCGCGGGCGCGUAGUAGAUGUCGCUGUUGUCCGUGCUUACGCGGCCGGCCGGCCGGGCUCUGGAGCACGUGACCUGCGAGGAGGCUGCGGCUCAAGGCCAUUUUCAAAUCUCAUUGGCUUGGUUGUCAUGUGGUCGGCAGAGGCAUCCACAAUUACACGGGGAAUGUUUUCCUAGAGAUGUCAGCCUACAAAGGACACAAUCUCUCUUCUUCAAAUUCCUCCCCAAAAUGUCCUUUCCCAACAGCUCUCCUGCUGCUAAUACUUUUUUAGUAGAUUCCUUGAUCAGUGCCUGCAGGAGUGACAGUUUUUAUUCGAGCAGCGCCAGCAUGUACAUGCCACCACCUAGCGCAGACAUGGGGACCUAUGGAAUGCAAACCUGUGGACUGCUCCCGUCUCUGGCCAAAAGAGAAGUGAACCACCAAAAUAUGGGUAUGAAUGUGCAUCCUUAUAUACCUCAAGUAGACAGUUGGACAGACCCGAACAGAUCGUGUCGAAUAGAGCAACCUGUUACACAGCAAGUCCCCACUUGCUCCUUCACCACCAACAUUAAGGAAGAAUCCAAUUGCUGCAUGUAUUCUGAUAAGCGCAACAAACUCAUUUCUGCUGAGGUCCCUUCGUACCAGAGGCUGGUCCCUGAGUCCUGUCCCGUUGAGAACCCCGAAGUUCCUGUCCCUGGAUAUUUUAGACUGAGUCAGACCUACGCCACCGGGAAAACCCAAGAGUACAAUAACAGCCCCGAAGGCAGCUCCACAGUCAUGCUCCAGCUCAACCCUCGCGGCGCGGCCAAGCCGCAGCUCUCGGCCGCCCAGCUGCAGAUGGAAAAGAAGAUGAACGAGCCUGUGAGCGGCCAAGAGCCCACCAAAGUCUCCCAGGUGGAGAGCCCCGAGGCCAAGGGCGGCCUUCCGGAAGAAAGGAGCUGCCUGGCUGAGGUCUCCGUGUCCAGUCCCGAAGUACAGGAGAAGGAAAGCAAAGAGGAAAUCAAGUCCGAUACUCCAACCAGCAAUUGGCUCACUGCAAAGAGUGGCAGAAAGAAGAGGUGCCCUUACACUAAGCACCAAACGCUGGAAUUAGAAAAAGAGUUCUUGUUCAAUAUGUACCUCACCCGCGAGCGCCGCCUAGAGAUCAGUAAGAGCGUUAACCUCACCGACAGGCAGGUCAAGAUUUGGUUUCAAAACCGCCGAAUGAAACUCAAGAAGAUGAGCCGAGAGAACCGGAUCCGAGAACUGACCGCCAACCUCACCUUCUCUUAGGUCCCAGGCCCGUCGGAGGCCAGGAUCGGAGAGGGGGCACCGCGUUCCAGGGCCCAGUGCUGGAGGACUGGGAAGGCGGAAACAAAACCUUCAUUGCUCUUUGUUUUUUGUUUUGUUUUGUUUUGUUUCCUGCUAGAAUGUGACUUUGGGGUCAUUCUGUUCGUGCUGCAAGUGAUCUGUAAUCCCUAUGAGUAUAUAUAUAUUAAAAAAAACUAGCACGUGUAAUUUAUUAUUUUUUCAUCGUAAUGCAGGGUAACUAUUACUGCGCAUUUUCAUUUGGGUCUUAACUUAUUGGAACUGUACAGCAUCCAUCAGUUCAUUCAUCCAUCCAGCAAUGUGACUUUUUCAUGUUUUUCCUAAUGCAAAAGGUCUCUGUGUGUGGUUAGUCCAUGAUCUCAUGGCGUUUUUGAAUACAUUCAGUACUUAAAAGUACUUAAAUUACAUAUAUAUUUAAAAAAAAGAUUAAGAAAACCCACAAGCUUUGGGGGGAGGGGGACUAAAAAAGCACAUUACAAUGUAUCUUUUCGCAAAUGAAUUUAGCAAUUGUCUUUGGUGAGAUGGAAUAUUGACGACUUAUGCCUUGUAGCCUUCCCUUGUGGUGCAUCUGUGGUUUGGUAGAAGUACAACAGCAACCUGUCCUUUCUGUGCAUGUUCUGGUCGCAUGUAUAAUGCAAUAAACUCUGGAAACGAGUUCGCUCCCUCUGCUUUCU